UCCCCCAAACACCAAUCCACUCUUCCCCUCAUUUUCUCUCGACAACGGUCCCCACCCCAGAUUCCCGUGACAUAUUCCCAAUCCAACACUUAAUUGAGCAACUUGGAUUCCUCACGUGCGGGGUUGAUUUGUAGUUUGAACACGUGGCUCAUUCAAAAAAGCCGGAAUAUCCUAGUUUUUUUCCCUUCCCCUUCUUCAUAUUGGUUUUAUUCAGAGGCGGGCACGAGCCUUAACGUGUGUGAAUUUAUCUGUCUCUUUGCCAAGGGGUUUGGAGGAAGACAAAAAAAGUCGUGUGUCCUUUUUCACUCAGUCAACUAUCGUUUUGGAGAAACUGAAUAAAUAAUUAAGAUACAUUUUUUUUGCGCGAUAGAGAAGAGGCGAGUAAGCGCAAACGCGACGAGGUUGCCCGUCAAAUAUAUCUGUGGCUUCAACGACUGGGGGAAGCACGCCACCGCCACUCCGUUGAGUAGUAAGGCGAAUUUGGCGACUCCAAACUCGAUAGAGCAAAUCACGAUUUCCUUCUGCGUAAAGAUUGUCAAUUUCAGCGCAGACCAUGAAUAAGCUGUACAUUGGAAACGUGAGUGAAGAGGCGAGUGCCGAGGACUUGGAAACUAUCUUUGAGCAGUGGAAGAUUCCGCACAGUGGUCCGUUUCUCAUCAAAACUGGUUAUGCGUUCGUGGAUUGCCCCGAUGAAAAGAUAGCAAUGAUGGCCAUCGACAUUCUUUCAGGUAAAGUUGAACUACAUGGAAAACUCAUAGAAGUGGAGCACUCGGUCCCUAAACGUCAAAGGAGCUGUAAGCUGCAGAUCAGGAACAUCCCGCCUCAUCUGCAGUGGGAGGUUCUGGAUGGCAUGUUGGCUCAGUAUGGCACAGUGGAGAACUGCGAGCAAGUAAAUACAGACACAGACACGGCAGUGGUCAACGUUCGAUAUGGUGCCAAGGACCAGGCCAGACAGGCGAUGGAAAAGCUGAAUGGCUUCCUGAUGGAGAACUUUGCCCUGAAGGUGUCGUACAUCCCUGACGAGACGGCGGCUGCUGCCGCCCCGGCCCUGGCAGGGGGUAAGAGGGGCUUUGUCCCCCGUGGCCCUCUGCGAUCGGGUUCCCCAGGCCUGGGGGCGCGCCCCAAACUGCAGUCGGACGUCCCUUUGCGCAUACUCGUCCCCACACAGUUCGUAGGAGCCAUCAUCGGCAAGGAAGGAGCCACGAUUCGCAAUGUCACAAAACAGACACACUCAAAGAUCGACAUCCACAGAAAGGAGAAUGCGGGAGCAGCAGAGAAGCCCAUCACGGUCCACUCCACCCCAGAGGGCUGCUCCAAUGCCUGCAGGACCAUCAUGGAGAUCAUGCAGAAGGAGGCCCUGGACACCAAGUUUACUGAGGAGAUUCCAUUGAAGAUUCUGGCUCACAACAACUUUGUGGGCCGACUAAUCGGGAAGGAAGGACGGAACCUAAAAAAGAUUGAAGUGGACACAGAAACCAAGAUCACCAUCUCCCCUCUCCAGGACCUGACGCUGUACAACCCUGAGAGGACCAUCACAGUGAAGGGUUCCAUCGAGGCGUGCUCCCGCGCUGAGGAGGAAGUAAUGAAGAAGGUCAGGGAGUCGUAUGAGAACGACGUGGCCGCAAUGAACCUCCAGUCUAACCUGAUUCCAGGACUCAACCUGAAUGCCUUGGGUUUGUUCCCUGGUGGUGCUCCAGGUAUGGGCCCCUCCAUGGGACACAACGCCCCACCUCCCGGUGCCCAGGGUGGCUACUCCUCCUUCGGGAGCAGUUACUUCGGGGGCGAAGGGCCAUUUUGGGCGUCUGUGCUGUCGGCGAGCAGCCAGCCCCUCUCUGGCCAGGGGCAGCCGGAGUCGGAGACGGUCCAUCUGUUCAUCCCGGCGCUGGCGGUCGGAGCGCUCAUCGGAAAACAGGGUCAACACAUCAAGCAGCUGUCGCGCUAUGCCGGAGCCUCCAUCAAGAUCAGCGCAGAUGAAGUCCGUGUCGUAGAUUCAAACCAGGUAGCACCUCCAGACGGCAUGGACGCCAAGCAGAGGAUGGUAAUCAUCGCGGGACCACCAGAGGCCCAGUUCAAGGCUCAGGGUCGUAUCUUUGGGAAGCUAAAGGAGGAGAACUUCUUUGGGCCGAAGGAGGAGGUGAAACUGGAGGCUCACAUCAAGGUGCCCUCCUUCGCUGCUGGGCGUGUCAUCGGCAAGGGAGGCAAAACGGUGAAUGAGCUGCAGAACCUGACCAGUGCUGAGGUGGUGGUCCCCAGAGACCAGACGCCUGAUGAGAAUGACCAGGUCAUCGUCAAAAUCACUGGACACUUCUAUGCAAGCCAGCUGGCCCAGAGGAAGAUCCAGGAGAUAUUGUCCCAUGUGAGGCGGCAACAACAGCCAAAACCCUCGCCCCGUGGGGACGGGCUCGCACGGCCCUCCCGGAAGUAGACCUGGGGACCAGUGACUGAACCGCCCGAAGACAGAGCAGAGACCAGAGGGGUAAACACGGGCAGGGACGACGCGCUCAUCUCAGGGGUUAAGGGUCAUGGGUACCUGACUGUACACCCCAUACCCCUCUCAAUGACCUCCUUGACCAACUUCACAGUGUGGAUAGACCUUAACCCCCCCCCCCCAAAAAAAAAACAACUAAAUCACCUCACCUCUCUGUGAUUAUACUUCAGAGGGUUCCAACAUUGUCGCACACCCUCACCACACAGAUGGGUCCUGAUUGGUUCCUUUUUGUAGACGACACCAAGACAUAAGAAUUAUCCCCCUCCCUGGUGUGGUAACACACACCACCUCACAUGUUGAUGACAGGUGUUCAUUUUGACACUCGUUUCAGUUUUUACCUUUUAUUAUUUAGACUUUUGUUUUUCGCCCUGGAUGAAGUGUUUGUUUAAUUGGUUGAAGCUUUCUCUCCUGAGUUUUCUGUGGAAAGAAAAAGGCAUUGCUCUGAGUCCUGGUAGGAUGAUGAAAGAUUACGGGAAGGGGUUUAGACGGAUGGGCAGGGCUAGGGGUAAUACUCUUGUUUGAUUGGACAGGAGCCCCAGCGGUGGUUUAAUGGGGUGCCCCUGUGCUGGUAUUGAUAGUGGCAUUUUAUAAAUUCGGAUGCAUUUUAUAGAUAUAUAAAUAUAUAUUUAGAGUUGAGGAUAAGUUAACACUUAAGGGACGUGUUGAACAGUGUUGGCCAGGAAAACGAAUUUAAUAUGCAUUUUACUGAACUACCUCAGGAUCUCUAGUACCUCAAGAAGACGACGAGAAAAAAAAAUAAGAAAAUUGAUAUAUAUAAUAUAUAUAUGAGAAAAAAAAUCAUUUUUUAAAAUUUGCUUUGUGGUAUUUUGUAUACUUUAUAAAGCUAAUAGUUCUUGAACAUUUUUAUUUUUUUAAGAAAAUUAACAAUUUGGUCAGCUGCCAACUGACCUUGCCUUCAACUCUAGUGCUCUCCAGCAGCAUCAACGUGACGGCGGUGGCCCUGUACAUAAAGUCUGUCUGUGUACAUAGAGCCAAGGGCGGAGUUGGCGCUCAACUCAGUUGGCUGCUGAUGGGAGUAUCAAGAGAAUACAUCACCUCAGUUUUCCUGAGGAAUCCACCAUCUUCUGAAAACUACAAAAAGCACGUCUAUAUUAGAGUAAUGCCGAUUCAUGCCAUCCGUACAUACUGCAGCGACGCCGUUUAGUUUUGGGAUUCUGACACUUAUUGUUGACGGUACGUUUAAAUGUUUUCUUUUCUGUCUUCCUGGAAGGGCAAUGGGAGGGGCCUGAGUACUGAGUUCUCUCUCUGUUGCCUUCAUAGAAAUAGACACGGCAGAGCAGCACGGUCUGUUUGUUUUUCUGUUACCUGCUUAGGCCUUGAACCAUCAGUCUCAAAUUCGCUUAUAGUGCAAUACAUGGGGAAUAGGGUGAAAUUUGGAAGUUACUCCAAGUUUCUUACAAGUGAAAGUGCGGUCCACAGCCUGAUGGGUUUGAAAAAAAAGAGCAAGUUUGCAGUGGCCCCAGUAGCCGCCGAGACAGUCUGUUAGUGUAGUUUACUGCAUGGUGAAGGUAGGGGGAGUCACACUGACGGAUGUCUUUAUGGAAUUUACUGUAACUGUUUAACCAGCAGCAGCUGUAACCUUUGAUUGAAGUGAGAGAAAGCAGUUCAAAUUAGUAUUCAUUACAAAAAUCCAAGCAGCACACAUUUUACUAAAUGAACCAUGUUUGGGACGUGGAAGAUACGUUUUU